GCUCUUGAACACGACAUGCGGGCUCCCCCUCCUCUGAUUGGUCAGCGCAGACCAGCUGCCGGUGGUGGGCAGCAGCAGGUGUGGACGCUCGUUAGUAAGAUUUCUUUAUUAUGCUGUGAUUGCCUGUGCUUGCAGCUCCAUGCCACUCCGUGUAGUCACACUGAAGCGUGUGUCGGUUCAGGUGUGAAGCCGGUGUGUGUGUGUGGCUCCCUGUCGAGAUGUCUUCGGCCGAGCAGGACGGGAGUCAGUUCAAUAAGUUUGAGAAACUGUCGUGGAGGCCCUCCAUCCGCGACUCAGGUCUGUAAACAAACCUUCUGCAACAACGAGCAGCAUGUUGUAGACAGCAAAGCAAAUCGAAAAUUAAAUUGUAAUUCAAGCUCCAAGAAGCGGGCACGGUGGCUUCAGGCUCGGCGCAUCUUCUCCCCUUCUUGCCCCAACCUUCGGAUCCCCAACAGGUUUCUGAGAGAAGGACUCUGUGUACCCCCCGCCCGCAGCGGACACCGCUGUGUUGCAGACAGCACCAACCUGUAUGUGUUUGGAGGCUACAACCCUGACUUUGAGGAGGCAGGGGGGUCCGAGAAUGAGGACUACCCUCUCUUCAGGGAGCUUUGGAAGUUUCAUUUUGCUACGGCCACCUGGCAGCAGAUACGCACAGAGGGUUACAUGCCCACAGAGCUGGCUUCUAUGUCAGCUGUUUUACACGGCAACAACCUGCUUGUGUUUGGUGGCACUGGGAUUCCAUUUGGGGAAAACAACGGCAACGAGGUCCAUGUUUGCAAUGUUCAGUACAAACGGUGGAACCUCCUCAACUGCAAAGGGAAGAAACCCAACAAGAUCUACGGACAGGCGAUGGUCAUCAUAAAUGGCUACCUCUAUGUGUUUGGCGGGACAACAGGCUACCUUUACAGCACUGACCUGCAACGGCUGGACCUGAGCACCAGAGAGUGGACCCACCUCAAACCCAACAACACACCCUCAGAUCUUCCUGAGGAGAGGUACAGACAUGAACUAGCUCAUGAUGGACAGAGAAUAUACAUUUUAGGAGGUGGGACUUCCUGGACGUCAUAUCCCAUGGACAAGAUUCACGCAUAUAACUUGGAGACAAAUUACUGGGAGGAAAUUGUCACCAAACCCCAUGAAAAAAUAGGAUAUCCUGCUGCCCGUCGUUGUCACAGCUGUGUGCAGGUCAAAGAUGAGGUGUUUAUAUGUGGGGGUUAUAAUGGAGAGCUGAUCCUAUCUGACCUGUGGAAGAUCAACCUGCAGACAUUCCAGUGGACCAAGCUGCUGGCCACCAUGCCAGAACCAGCCUACUUUCACUGCGCUGCCGUCACUCCGGCUGGCUGCAUGUACGUCCAUGGCGGCGUCGUCAACAUGUUUGGGAACCGAAGGUCCGGCUCUUUGUACAAAGUGUGGUUGGUGGUGCCCAGCCUGCUGGAACUGACCUGGGAGAAACUGCUGAAAACUUUUCCUCACUUGGCCCAGCUGUCGAGCCUUCAGCUGCUCGGCUUGGGACUGACGCACACACUCAUCCAGCGGCUCAAAUAGACGGAGCACAGAGACUGAAGCGGUAUGUGACGGAGCAGCACUGACUCUAAAAACACUGAAGGCAAAAAACGCUUUUUUAAAGGACCAAGAGAGGCUGAUGUCAGAUGACUAUGGAAAACAUUUAAUGCCUUUUAACUUAAGUUUUAUGUAAAUGUGAGUUUUAUUUCUUUCUGUUUUUAGGCAAAAUGCAAUGUUUGGAUAUUUUGGUGUCAGACUUUGUUCUGCGUGUAUCUAUCUGACACCAGAAUCACUCCUCCUUUUGCUUAGCUCUUGUCAUUUCGGAUUUGGACAUUUUACACUAUCUCGUGCAUUCCCCAGUUUUUUGUGUUUUUACCACAUUGCUGUUAAAGCAGGAACAUUGAAAUGAUCCAAAGACCUUCUUAAAAGGGCAAAUUAAUUUGCCUGCGUUGAUGUCAUUUUAGAUCAAAGUCAGACUGAUCAGCUUGUGUCACUGUUGCUGAAGUGAUAAGUCAGCUGGUGCUACACCCACUGUCACAUAGGUAAGAUAAAAAUGACUGUCGAACAGUGCUGAUAUAAAAUUACAUUUGUUAGUAAUCAGUCCGAUUAUUUUAAAAGAGAGGACACUUUAUGACUGGUAUACUUAAAAGCCUAAUUAGGUCAAUUAUUAAAGGCAUUAUGUUUUAGCCUCAAAGGCCUUCCAAUUCUGACAUUUAGCUGUGAUUGUUACUGUACUGAACAGAUUUAAAAAUGUUCCUAAAUGUCAUAUUAGGCCCUAGGAUCAGAUAACUCAAAAGCCUUUUUAACUCAUGACAUCACUGUGAAUUUGAUAGUGCCUCUUCCAUUGUCCUUUCUCUUAAAGGAAAAAUAAAGCUUAAUUAAUAAGUUGGAAAUUAAUGAAUUCACUUGUAGAGCCGCAGUGAUUCUCAUGCACUUUUCAGUUCUACAUUUGGUGCCUUCUGCAUUGUUACACCAUUUUAACACUUGUAAAUGUGUCUGUAGUAAGAUCUUCAUUUGUUCUGAACUGUGCACACAAAGCCUUCUUUCCCAUGUGAUCUACCUGAGGCCUGUACUACGAAGCUGGUUCAACCUAACCUGGAUAUGUUUGAGUUAGCCGGUUGGCCCAAUCCAAAACAUACGCGCUCUGGUUAAACUGUACUACGACGC